GGCGGUUUCACGUGGGCGGAAGGCCGGUUUCGCAGUCCCAUGGCCGCGAUGUACUUCGUACACGAAGGCGAAAGUGGCCGUGAAGGGCCGUUCACGCUGCCGCAGCUGCAAGCUGCCUUUGCUUCUGGUCGUCUCGACGACACCACGUUGCUGUCUACCGCGGAGGACCCUGUCGAGGUCGCGCUGGAAGGCAGGGUUUCCCUCCGAGCGAAAAUGCCCAUGCACGGUAAAGCCAAAUGGGCCACGCAGGUCGGUCAUGUGCGCACAAGUCCUUGCAAAACCAUCCCGCGACCUCCACCGCCACUGUCGCAACGACGUGAAGCUCUAGAGUCACCAGAGAAGCAUGACGUCGGGACUCGUUCACGAGAUGGAUUCUCCAUUAUUGACGAAGGCGGGCCCGCCGUACAGCCACCAAACCAGACGUGUUGGAAUCAAGAUGACGCUUCGAACCAAGCGCAUGCGGACGUUCCCCUGGCGUGGUGGGCGAAUCCCAAGGACGCGUUCAAACUCGUGCGAAUAAUGGGACGCCAACCUCCGAAUCUUUUGGUUCGGGCAGCAGAUGACCCGAUGGCUUUAAUUGUGGUCGCGGAGACCGAUGUGAUCACGGUUGAGUCGCCGCUGCCGCCGCCACUUCACGUGGACAACCUGGUGAAUUUGAACUCGCCGGGCGAACCGGGAGUGCUGCAUUGUCUUAAGCAGCGCUUUCUCCACCAUCAAAUCUAUACCAACGUGGGCAAGCUCCUCGUGUCGAUGAAUCCGUUUCAGAAGCUAGUUCCUGCCUGCGCGUUAUCGACGUACAGUCAAGUCGGACAAGCCGGCCAGCCGCCGCAUGUGCACCAGGUCGCAGCCACCACGAUCGAAUCCGCCUUGCGCUUGGCGACACCGCAGUCGAUUGUGAUCUCGGGCGAAAGCGGGUCGGGCAAAUCCGAAGUCACAAAGCUGUGCAUGCAGUUCUUUUCCAGCGUGACGACGGGGCAGAUCAUGGACUUGGAAGGCAUGCUGCUGGCGUGCAGCCCCAUCUUGGAUGCGUUUGGAAAUGCCACUACCAUCCACAACGCGAAUUCGUCUCGAUUUGGUAAGCUGCUCAAGCUCCAGGUGAACGCGUCGGGAAAAAUCGAUGGAUGUACGGUGACGGCGUACUUGCUGGAAAAGUCCCGACUCACGCGGGUGGAUGACCGCGAGCGAAAUUUCCACAUCUUUUAUCAACUCUGCGCCAACAUGGACGCGCCUUGUCGAGAAUUUGCCUUCUUGGGGGACUGUUCACCGACCCAAGACGACAGAAAUGCAUGGGCAAUCACUAUGGCUGCGCUGGACGCCCUCCGCUUCAGCACGGCAGAAAAGGACGGGAUCGUGGCCAUUUGCCACGGGAUCUUGCACCUCGGCAACGUGCAGUUCGAAGGUGGCCCACUGGUCGACCAACCCGCGUUGAUGGAAGCAGCGGCGGCUCUACAAUGCACGGCACAAGUGCUCGCGAUGCGGCUGACCGUCCGUCGACUUCGAGUUCGCGGGGAAUCGGUGUCCAUGCCGUUGGUCGGCCCGAAUGCCAUGUCCAACCGUGACUCUCUCGCCAAGGCUCUGUACACAAGACUCUUCGACUGGCUGCUUCGUCGCAUCAACAACACAAUGAUGACAUCGACGACGGCCGCCCCACGUAGCCACAUUCUCCUCGUCGACAUCUUUGGAUUUGAAUCGUUUGAUCGGAACGGUUUUGACCAACUCUGCAUCAACUUUGCCAACGAAAAGCUGCAGCAGAUGUUUCACGUGGUGGUCUUCGAUGACGCGCUCGAGCGGUACAGGCAAGAAGGUCUGGCCGUUCCUGGCACUGGUGCCUCGCUCACACGACCCGAGGUACUGGACGUGAUGGACGGCAAGCCCAAAGGCAUCUUUUGGCUGCUCGACGACGAAGUUGCCCUUCCCAAAGCCUCCGAGUCGUCGUUGCUGGCCAAGUUGGUCUCGGCGCACGCAAAGGCGACCGUAUUCAAGGCCACCAAGUCGGCGCUGACAUUCACGCUGGUCCACUACGCGCACCCAGUCACAUACGACUGCGCUGACUUUUUGGCGAAAAACAAGGAUCACGUUGCGGACGAUAUCGCUGAGUUCUGCCACGACGAGUGCAUGCCGCUGCUCCAAGAAAUGUCGUUGCAUGCCGCGUCAACGCCGGCGAGGGGCGACGCCACUGUGAGCGCCAAGUUUCGACGACAGCUCCGAGAACUCUUGGCCGUUCUUGACGAGACAUCGAUGCACUUUAUCCGAUGUAUCAAGCCCAACCAUCACCAAACUCCAGGCGUAGUCGACGGGCCGUACGUCGUCCACCAGCUGCGGCAAAUGGGCAUUUUUAAGGCGCUGGCGCUGCACCACGGAGGGCUCCAUCCGUUUCGGGACUCGUACGACCGGUUCUACAACCAGUACCGGCGCAUUGCAGGCAAUCAAAUCGACAAACUGGACCAAGACGAGCACAUUCGGAAAUCGAUGGCGGAGAAAUGCGCAGACCUCGUUCAGCUGUUUCCGACACCGGCAGCGUUCUCUAUCGGGAAGACUUGUGUGUUUACCUCACUCGAGAUGCACGACUGGCUCCAACGCAAGCGACUUGAAGUCGAGGCUGCCUCCGUUACGCUGAUCCAACGAGUGUGGCGACGCACGGCCUGGCGACGUGCGUGCCAGCAACUCGGACAGUGUUGCUUGACCCUCCAACACGUGGCCGCCACAGACGAUGCGAUUUUGAAAGCCCAUGUCGAACACGCCAAAAUACUCUUGAUACGCUACCCGUCCUGGCACCUAUCGCGACGCCUUCGUGUACGAUGCCUUGAAGGCGAAGCCCACCUGGACCGCCACCGCCGGCAAAACGCGUUGUUGGCACGCAUCCAGCAGCCCCGACAUGAUCUUGACGCAAUGGAGGCAGACUUGGCGCUCUGUGAGAAGUGGCGCCUGCAGUCGAAUCCGCACGUCAUGGCGUUCACGGCCGAGUACAGCCGUCUCCAGGCCGAGCGACAAGGCGUCAUUCAAGCCGCCAUGAUGCUUCGAUCCAAGGUCAUCCACGUCGCAACGGUGGAUGGCGCGUUGCGGUCUCGUCUAAUGACCGCGGCCAUUGCGGACAGAGCGCGGGCGGUCUUGCAGGAAAUUGCGUCGGAGCCGCCUGCCGUCGACGCGUUGGCAGCGGCCAUUACCGACUCGUCCGUGGACGCGGCAACGCUACAGACAAAGUUUGCUGCGUGGACCCACUCGAUCGUCGACGAUGCAGUCGAUGCCUUGGAGAAGCGGCACAAGUGGAGCACCUCGUUGCAUGCUACCUUGCAGCUGUGCCACAGCUUGUGCAAGCUCCGAACGACCCUUCGCGCCAUGACGCAGGAAACAGUCAUGAAUGGCCUUGCGGCACUUAAGAAUUGCCUUGCAAGUUCCGUGCCGGACGAGGCCGACAGUCGGCUCAUCACAUCGUGGCACACGGAACGGCAACUGGCCUGCCGAGUUGUUGACGACUUCGACCGCAUGCACAAGUUGCUCGCCAAAGCAUGGUUGUGCAAAGUGCCGCAGGAGGUAGUGUUUCUUGACUUGUGCGAUCAAUUGGCAGUCGUCGCGCUUCGAUACGGCAUCCCGUUCGACCGUACCCUCGUCAGCGAAGCGCACUCGAUGCUCGCCGCGAUCCGCCAAGAAAAACUGUUCCUGGUCGAAGUAGAGAGCUUGAUCGCGGUGGGCCCGGACUAUGCCGCCAAGUCGCAUAUUCAUAUCGAUCGGCUCCACCACCUCGGGACCGUCUUUUCCGUGCCGUCGGUAUACGACAAGACCGAAAUCGCGUCCAACGUGUGUCUGUACUUGAGAGACCUGCGUCGCGCGGCAAAGGAAUUGUUUGAGUGUACGACGCUCGAUAGAGUGGAAGACGCAUGGACAGCCGUGCAAGCUAUCCUGUGGGUCGGACAUCGCCAGUUCGACCUGCUCGCGUCGGAUAAAUGGUUUCGCGCGAUGGCGCAUGCACUUGAAAUGGAACAACAAGCGGCGAUGGACCUCGUCGUCUUCAAGCGGGCGUCCGUCCGCGUUGCCGAGGCCCUCCACGUCGCGAUGGCGUCCAACUCGUACGAUGCACUCCACGGCGCACUCGAUCAAGUCGAUCGCCACCACCUCCAUCGCGACUACACGCUGCGCGACCUCGUUCUACGCGCGAAAGAUGCUGUCCAAACAUUCAAGAACAUUCGGCACGAGCUGCGUCAUGCCAUUCAAGUCAAAUCUUUAGCAGCACUCGAGUCCGCUGUCGACAAAGCAGCGAGAUUGCAAGUGCAUUCUCGCCUUGUCCAUCGGGCGACUCGGUUGUGCAAAAGCUUGAAGCAGCUGCAGGUGGAGUUUUCGUUGUGCCAAUUUGAUACCAACACCGAUCGCCUUGCGGCGUUUGUUCGGCAUUGCGACCACCUGCGCCUUCCUUCCCCGGCCAGAUCGAGAGUCGAGACUUUGCUCACCCUGUCGCAAAACAAGUUUUUGCAAGAACAGCUCAAGUGGGCAGUGGAGCACCACGCGCCGUCGCACGACGUCCUGAAAAUCACGUUGGCUCUGAAACAAGCGUUCUUUCAGCAUAGCGGUCGCCUCUUCGACAUGCAGCACUUUCCACGCCUCCGACCUACCACUGUUUUGCAGCCCAUGGCUACACCCUAUGCACCAUCGCAUCCUCCAGUCCUGUCAACGUCGCUGACGGACCUCGACGCUGGCGAAACCAAACUUGCCGUCAAGAUUUCGAAAUCCAUUCACGCGUACCUCGGCAAUCACGCGUUGUACCUCCUUCGCGUUGCCCAUUUUCUCGUCUGCACGGGCCUUUCAAGUCGCCGCCUCGCCGACGAAAUUUACGUACAGCUCGUGCAGCAGCUGCUGGCCAUCCAUGGCAUCGACCUCGGCCGGGCUACCCAGGCAUGGACGUUGGUCCAAAUCUGUGUGUUAACGUUCGCCCCGUCCGACGGGUGCUGGAACUAUCUCGAAAGCUUUCUCCGACGCCACAAUAAGUUAGCCUUGGUUGACCAUCUCCAUGCACCAAAGCCACCGGCACUUGUCCAGCCCGACAUGGCGGCAUUGUACCGGAUCGCGGCGCCAUCUCCGCCUCGCCUUCGCACGGACGGAUGGGUCAAGUUCACCCUACCACGGCAACCACGUCGCCGACGCAAGUGGUACGAGAGGACGUGGCGGUACAUCAACUUCGUGCGAUUCACUCCAUCGUCCUAGGCUGGUUCUGGAAGGAACGACGCUGUAUGUGUUCAAAGAUGACUCGUUCAAGCGCGACGCUGUCGCCGCGGUCAAUCUCCUGGACGUAGCCGAUGUUCAAGCGGACGUCGAGGAUGGGCAGUUUGCGAUUGCGCUCGAAACAAGCCAGGACAGGUGGAUGCUGCACCUCGCUAGCCUGGACGAGCAUGCUAGAUGGCACCAUGCCAUCCACGACGCCAAGAAUUCUCCAUGGCGUGCCGUCCUAUUGGAACGAUGACCAUCUUGCUUCGGAAACGUUUGAACUGUGUAGCGUGGGAGUGGAAUGAAUGGCAUGUCACCAGU